AUCGUUUGGCGUGUCCGGCGCCUAUUCCGAAGCUCAGCUCGUCGUUUCACCAGGAGCUUUUAGUGUGAGAAACCGUUUUGACCGUUUCAAUGUAUCUGCUCACCUGUGUUUCUUUUUUACCAGGCCUGUUUUCCCCGUAGCCAUGUCGCAAUGUCGAGCGUGGUCGUCGUGCAAAGGCACGUUGUCGUCCAACGAGAUGCAGAAUCCCGCGUGGUCGCCAUGGCGAG